UAAAUGACUUUGACAAGAAUGGUCCUUUCUGUUACACUGUGUGCGUUUGCUUUGCUAUCUGUUUCAAGUACAGACAAAACGCCAAUGCCUAUUCCGAACAGUCGAGAAGAUGCGUUGAAGAUGAACAAAGUUAAACAGUUGUGGAACGACGCCCAGUCUCAGGUGAGUGAUCGUGAUAGUCUUGAGAGGUUGUAUACUGAACUGUUGGAGCAAGACAGGCUGCAAAGGAAAGUCAAGAAAGCGGUUGCUAUGGGCAACGAUGAGAAUGGCUUGUUGCGUGCGGAGGCGGAGGAAAAAUUGAGAAGAGUUAGGGAAAGAUAUGGUCUGGAAGACGAAAUGCGUUUACCGGAAGUCUACCGGAAAGAAGCAGAAGAGACGUUUCAGAAUGAAGGUACCCGGAUGUUGUGGAUGAGGGCAAGAGCAAACGAGUUACACGAUGAAUUGAUGGAAACUUUGAAAAAUGAAUUACAUGAAUAUGACGCCAGCGUAACAGAGCAUGAGUCAAAUAUGAAAGAAUACGAUCAUCUCGCUCGAUCAAAUGAAGUGGAGGAAGAUGCAACUGACAAACUGCAGGGAAAGGCACUUGACGGUGACUUGACAUUGAUGCAUCAGAAAAGAAAAGAGUCACAUCUUAAACUGAAGAGACAAUACCAAGAGUUUGAAUCACGGGUGAACGAAGGAAUAGCGAUGGAUGAAAAAUUCUUUGAAUUAAAACUGGAAAGCCUGAGAAAAAAGGCAACAGAAAUCGAUGCAACUGAUGAAAGACGAGAGUCAAUCAUUAGCCAUCUGAACCAUUUUGAAGAAAAUAUAAAGAAAUAUAAGAGACUGAAGGAAAAGAUGCAGUUUCAUGAAGAAAUGGAGAACGAGUCACACAUCAAACGAUCCGCUGGUACGAACCCAAAUUCUCCAGAUGGAAAGAAGACUGAAGUGAAAGAGAAGAUGGGAUUUGUGUUUAGAGUUUUGAAAAAAAUAUACAAAAAUUUAGUAACACAUUUGGGACAGAAAGAUGAAUUAUAGUCAAUUGAUAACAAUUUGGAAAUUUGCUUCCAAUGAUUCUUGUGCCCAUACAAAAAAAUUCAAUUUAUAGAUUUAGUUCAAUAGAAUGUUACUGUGCUUGUGGUGCUUGUUUUUGUGUUGAAUAGAAAUACAGUUGUAUUCGCACAAGAGUAUUUGUUGUG